AUGAUACAAAAUAGAAAAUUCAGUGAAGAAGCGUCUUUAUCUUAAUUAGUUGGUCGUCGAGGCUCUCUUCAGAUGCUGCACAAUAGUUUUUAAGUGUGUUACUAGAGCAAGGUUAAACUCUUUCAAUUUUUCUGGCAAAUACUAACACUUGUGACGCAUUAUCUUCACCACCUUAUCGCCCAAUUAACCGAAUCGGAUUCGUGUUCCAGAACAACAAUGAAACAUCUCGGUUUCAUUAUUGGCUUAGUUUUCCUCCAGAUGACCUUUUCCCACAGCUACAACUGUGACAGAACCCCGCAAAAAGCCGAAGACCCUAAAGACAACAUCGAUAAAUAUGUUCUGGAAAUUUCCGGAAAUCCUGAAACCUACUCACCUGAAACAACCUACACAAUUGCCUUGAAAUCGAGUCCCUCAAACCCCAUUACGAACCAUUUCACUGAGUUUAUGAUAGUGGUUGAACCGGAAAAUCCCUCGAAAAUUCCCGAAAACGUCGGUACGGGUGAUUUGACCCCAGUUGAUCCCACAGUGUCGAAGUUUACACCGAGGUGCCCCAAUGCCGUCAUACAGAAAAAUAAUUUGGCGAAAUCACACGUUGAAAUUUUGUGGAAGGCGCCACCGGCUACCACCGAGGGGAAUAACUGUAUUUCCAUCAAGGCAAUGGUGUUUGAAUCGAGCGAUAGCUGGUUUAUUGACACGGGAGGGUUGGUAAAAACGUUGUGCCAAGAAGAGGAAAAUGAGGAUGUGCAACCACCCUUUUCGGAGGAGUGUUGUGCCUGCCAUGAGGCUAAAUAUGAAAUCGCGUUCCAAGGGAUGUGGACUCGAAAUACGCACCCUAAGGAUUACCCGUCCAAUAUGUGGACGACCAAACUGGGCGAUGUUAUUGGAGCGUCUCACAAGUUUGGCAAAGCGUUUUGGAAUUACUCGGAAGUUGCCAGCGAUGGGUUAAAACUUCUGGCUGAGGAAGGCGAUACCUCGCUUUUGGAAAAUGAACUUAAAGAAAUGGUCAAGACUGACGAUAUUCGAACAAUUAUCAAAGCCCGAGAGUUGCCUUACCCUAACAUUACCGGAACUUCGUAUACAGUGUUUAGGGUCGAUAAAGAUAAUCAUUUAAUUUCUUUAGUAUCUAAAAUAACGCCUUCGCCGGAUUGGAUCGUCGGGGUGGCCAACUUGGAGCUAUGUCUCCAAAACUGCAGUUGGGUACAAAGCCGGAACUUGAACUUGUACCCUUGGGACGUUGGUACCGACGAUGGUACCACGUAUCAAUCUCCAGAUUCGCCUUCUGCUUCCCGGCAAAUCGUCCGCCAGAUUAUUGCAAGUGAUGAAAACUACCCCUUUUAUCGCGACGACGGAGAGCCCAUAAAACCAAUCGCAAAACUCCACAUCACUCGCCAAAAACUAUACGACAAGGUUUGUGAAGAAGAAGACGACAAAUGUAAAUUGAGCGAAUGGAGCGACUGGACAAAAUGUGACUGUGACACUGACAAAUACAAAACACGGACCAAACAAUUCGAAAAUCCCGAAAACGAAGAAUACUGCUCCCAGAACGGUAAACACCCAUUGGAGGAAACCAUCGAAUGCACGCCCGAAGAAUGCGAACUUGCGCGAAAAUGUGCCCAAGCCACUUGGUCAGACUGGGGCCCCUGUUCGGUGACUUGCGGCACAGGGACCCACAAACGCAACGGCACCCUUCCGGAAGAAGACGAAAACAAAGAGACAACAAACGAAGAAUCUGAAGAAAUUCCAUGCGUUGAGGAAGAACCCUGCUACAUGCCUCUGUGCGACGAUGAAGAAACCACCCUCACUUCUGAGAGUCUGGUUUCCGACGCUCCAGUCGACUGCAAAGUGAGCAAGUGGUCUGAGUGGAGUUCCUGCGACGCUAGGGAACCCUGCACUGGCGGAAACCAAUUCCGGGAGCGCCGGAUCCUCGUUCAUCCCCAAAAUGGGGGAAAGCCGUGUCCCAAAAGAUUGAAAAAGGUCAAGUAUUGUGAGGCUCCCUGUGCCGGUAAUGUGGACUCGAAAGAGACGCUACCAUCGUGGGGUCCGGCUCGAAGGGGGAGGAGAGUUGAUUGUGUGAUGGGGCCAUGGUCGGUGUGGUCGCCGUGUAGCAGCAAUUGUGGUGAUUCGGCGGUGCAGCAGAGGACUAGGGCCAUUUUAGUAUAUCCGAGCAGAGAUGGGAAGAAGUGUGAGCCGAGGCUUGAGGUCAGGAAGUGCUCCUUGCCGUAUGCUUGCCGGAGCAGGGAAUAUUUACAAUUAAGUAAACAUUAAUAAUAAAGCUCAAAAACAAACAAG